CUCCCGCAUCUUGCACAGGUAUAUAGAUAGCUACGUCAGCUGCUUGAGUUGGCUUUCUCAUUGUGAGACUACGUUUUUGUUGAAUCCUGUUUCAGCUCAUUCAGAUCUAAUUGUGAACAACGGUCAUCCUCUAGAAACAAACAAAUUACGACGCCGUUGGUGGUAUACUUUCAAUAUGCCUGCAACAGCAACUGUGAAUGGGCAUGUCGUUGCUGAAACCGACACCUAUGAGGUUGUAGAUGGCAAUAUAUACUUCCCGCCCUCCUCCAUAAAUAAGGCCUCUUUCACUUCCACACCUACUCAGACAUAUUGUCCCUACAAAGGUCAAGCUUCAUACUACACAGUUACUACCGGCAAGACCGAGGUUCCAGACGCAGCAUGGUAUUACCCAGAUCCAAAACCAGAAUACCAGAAAAUCAAGAACUUCGUGGCGUUUUACAAGGGCAAGGCAGAUGUACAGUCGUCGUGAGAAGGGUUCAAGGGACAGCUGAUAGCAGAAUGCAACCGAGUUGUGAUGUGGAGGGGGUAUAUUCGGCGUCUAUGGUCGUAUUCGACAGAUGUGUCUUCUGAAAAUUCAUUGUGCUUUU